AUGCCACUCAUUGAGGUCUGCUUGUCUAUACCUCAUGUCUGUGCCAUCGCUCAACCCUGUCUGGCCAGGUUAUCGCUAACGAUCGUCUGGGCCGGAAAGGUCGUUCGCGUCAAGUGCAGCCCAGACGACACGGUCGGCGAUUUGAAGAAGCUCAUCGCUGCCCAAACUGGGACAGACCACACCAAGAUCCAGCUGAAGAAAUGGUACACCAUCUAUAAAGACCAUAUAACGCUCUCCGACUACGAGAUUAACGACGGAAUGAGCUUGGAGAUGUAUUGA